UAGAUUGACACAAAGCAGGGGUCAUUUGUGCUUUAUUUUUGAUUUGUUUAAGUUACAUCACCAGGAUUCCGACCUCCUUCGCAAGAAGAAACACUAUUUUUUGUGUGUUAUUUAAUAGCUGCCAGGUGUCGCAUCUAACGACGCUAGCUGGUGUGAAUGUGUUAGCUGUGCAGUGUUAAUGUUCACGUCGGGAUCCAAAAAUCAUCAGUGGUCGUGUUCAACGAUAAUGUGAUUUCAGUGAGCUCCAGUUCGUGAGUGUAUGCAAUCUACCUGGGCUUUGUCGGAAAAGCCUGCAGAGCUGAAGGCUAACUUGGUUGUGUGCCUGUGUAUUUGCGCCUCCUCGCUGCCCCUGUAGCUGUCCACGUCUCAUCUUCUGUGUUAACCAGCUGAGCUAGGCCACGUCCCUGCGGGCGUAUUUCAUCCAACCUACCCACUGACAUUGGACGAGUCUCAGAGACGAUGCCUUGUGUGCGGAAGGAGGGAGGACAGUAAAGAGCAGAAGAGAUGUGGGAAAAAGUCUGAUCAUUCAUGACUGUCAGCGUGAGUACUGUAGUGUUUGCCUUUCUAUACGGUUGCCGCAUAUCCUCGGCAUGUCACGUAGACGGAUGUGUUGCACAGCGGGAGAAGACUUCCACGGAGCUCUGUAGGUUGCGGUAACAACCCGAGGUGACUGACAUUUUGCAUUAGAAAUGAUCGGGUUUGGUGCAAACCGACGGGGAGGCCGCCUUCCGUCCUUCAUCCUCAUCUUCCUGAUGGUUAUCAUCGCCAUACUGUCGUUCAAUUACUGGACGGUGUCCAACAGGCACGGACGCCUGCUCGACGAGCUGGCGGAGGUGCAGACGCAGGUGAAGCGCACGGACGCGGCGCGCAGCCGGCUGGAGAAGCGCAACUCGGAGCUGAUGGUGCAGGUGGACACUCACAGAAAGCAGAUCGACCAGAAGGAUGGAGAUUACAGCGUCCUGGAGGGCAAGAUACAGGCCAGGGAGGGCCUUAUCAAAAAGUGUACUGAUGAAAAGAUGAAGCUUCAGGGCGAAGCCACAGCCCAGAUGACAGAAAUCCAGAGGCUAAAAGAGCAGCUAACAGACCUGAAGCAGGAGUUCAUGAAACAGGAAGAGCAGCUGAGAGAAGUGAAGAAAAACAGCACUACCUUGGAAAGAAAACUGGAGUAUGAGAGUUUACAGUGUGGACGUCAGAUUGCACAACUGAAGGACGAGUAUGAAGAAACAAAGAAGGCCAUGGAGAUGGAGGCAACAAAGCUUAGACAGGGUGCAAUAGACCGCCACAAGGGCGCAGGAGCAAGUCGACAUGAAGAUGGAGCACUAGGUGUGGACAUGGAGGGAGAGCGUCAUACUGUGGCCAAUCACCGACAUGAGAGUCAAGAUUUGAAAGAGGAGAUGGGUAAGCCUGGCAGCGAUGCUGGCAUGCCUGGUAUUGAAGACAGUGAGGUGGGAAAAGUCGAUGAUGUGCAGUUUGCUUUAAAGAAACCAGCCAUCACUCAGAAGCACGAAGACGCCCCUGAAUCAGUUGUAGGAGCUGGUGCUGGACCCAGAGUCGGGGCAGCCGAUGGCCCUGGGGCCCAGGCUCUAUCUCUAGAUGAGCCAAGGCUCCAGGACAGAGUGGAGACCCGUGGAAAGGUGGUUGCAGCCCCGGGCGUUAUGAAACAGGCGGACAAACCGAUAGUAUUUGAAGAAGACAACAAGGCAGGGAUCAAGGCUGACGAGCUGGGGGAGCAGCAAAGACAAAUACAAGUUCCUGAUCAUGUCAAGGGUGACGGAGAACACUUGAAGGCGAUCCCUCUGCCCCCAAAUCCCGCACAGGUGCCCAACCCCAUCCAGCCUCAUCAGGCCAAAGACCACGCUCAAGCAGAGCCAGUUCACCACCGCCAAAGCCGGUUCUUUGAUGAGAACGAGUCCCCAGUAGAUCCGCAACACGGCUCUAAGCUGGCGGACUACAAUGGGGAUGAUGGGAACGUGGGUGAGUAUGAGGCCGACAAGCAGGCCGAGCUGGCCUACAAUGAGGAAGAGGAUGGUGAUGGUGGGGAGGAAGACGUUCAAGGUGAGCCAGGCCGUGGGACUGGACUGCCUGUCCAGAUGUGUAUCCACCAUUCCUCCCUUGCUCCCACCCUCCACCCCUGACCUCCUGACUCCCCUCCCUGCAUUUGUCCAGACAGUUAGAGUAGCUCACAGCACCCUGAGUUUGGUCCUAGAAUCCAUCAAAUAAUCCCUCUGGGUUGAAGCAGGACUGCUCUGCUUGCAGUUCUUUAGAGCAAUGCCUGAACUGUGUCGGCCAUGUUUUUCAUGUAUAGACACAGUAACAAUCAUAGCAUAGACUUGACCCAUGAACUUAUGGUUCUGUGAGAGUAAUAGAGUACACAUGUAGUGUUGUCUCUCUUGCCUGUGCCUCAUUUUAGCUAUAACACCUGUCUGUGCCCACCAACCAUCUGACCCACAUCCAGACCAGUAGACAAAUAUAGCUCUCUGUGUUUGUGAAUGUGUCCGUGUUCUUGAAUUAUUCAAAUGCAUGCUUGUGUUCUUUUCACUGUUAUAGUUUGCUUCUUCAUUAAUAUUGUAAAAUGAGUUUUUGACUCAACAUUUGGAACCUAAUGUAUUUGUUUUUAUCCAUUUUAAAAUCCAUUCCAGUCCAUUUCAAAAUAUCAUUUCAGUAUUGAUAGUACAGUUACAGUAUGCCUGAUUAAUUUGUAUCAUAUAUAUAU